GGGGGCCGGGCCGCAGCUCCUCGGCGCUGAGGCGGGAGGGGCUCCCCAAGGGCUGCGGGUCGCCGAGGGGCCGGGCUGAAGAUGGGGGAGGCCCAGGCAGCCCCGGCCUGGGAGUGGGGCCGGCGGCCGGCAGGGCGAAGGGGACGCCCCGGCAGCUGGAGGCCCCGGCAGCCUCCUGGGCACCCCCGAGAGCCGGCCCGCCCUCCCUCCGUGACAGUAGAAAUGAUGGAAGAAUUGCAUAGCCUGGACCCUCGACGGCAGGAAUUAUUAGAGGCCAGGUUUACAGGGGUUGGCGUUAGUAAGGGGCCACUCAAUAGUGAGUCUUCCAAUCAGAGCUUGUGCAGCGUGGGGUCCUUGAGUGAUAAAGAAGUAGAGACUCCUGAGAAAAAACAGAAUGACCAGCGAAACCGGAAAAGAAAAGCUGAACCAUAUGAAACUAGCCAAGGGAAAGGCACUCCUAGGGGACAUAAGAUUAGUGAUUACUUUGAGUUUGCUGGGGGAAGCGGGCCAGGAACCAGCCCUGGCAGAAGUGUUCCGCCAGUUGCACGAUCCUCACCGCAACAUUCCUUAUCCAAUCCCUUACCGCGGCGGGUAGAGCAGCCCCUCUAUGGCUUAGAUGGCAGCGCUGCAAAGGAGGUGUCGGAGGAGCAGUCCGCUCUGCCAACCCUCAUGUCGGUGAUGCUGGCGAAGCCUCGGCUUGAUACGGAGCAGCUGGCGCAGAGGGGAGCUGGCCUCUGCUUCACCUUUGUGUCAGCUCAGCAAAACAGUCCCUCUUCUACGGGAUCUGGCAACACAGAGCAUUCCAGCAGCUCCCAGAAACAGAUCUCCAUCCAGCACAGACAGACCCAGUCUGACCUCACCAUAGAAAAAAUAUCUGCACUAGAAAACAGUAAGAAUUCUGACUUAGAAAAGAAGGAGGGAAGAAUAGAUGAUUUGUUAAGAGCCAACUGUGAUUUGAGGCGGCAGAUUGACGAACAGCAAAAGAUGCUAGAGAAGUAUAAAGAACGAUUAAAUCGGUGUGUGACAAUGAGCAAGAAACUCCUUAUAGAAAAGUCAAAACAAGAGAAGAUGGCAUGUAGAGAUAAAAGCAUGCAAGACCGCUUGAGAUUGGGCCAUUUUACCACUGUUCGACAUGGGGCCUCUUUUACUGAGCAAUGGACAGAUGGUUAUGCUUUCCAGAACCUUAUCAAGCAGCAGGAAAGGAUAAAUUCACAGAGGGAAGAGAUAGAAAGACAACGGAAAAUGUUAGCAAAGCGGAAACCCCCUGCCAUGGGACAGGCCCCUCCGGCAACCAAUGAGCAGAAACAGCGGAAAAGCAAGACCAACGGAGCUGAAAAUGAAACGUUAACAUUAGCAGAAUACCAUGAACAAGAAGAAAUCUUCAAACUCAGAUUAGGUCAUCUUAAAAAGGAGGAAGCAGAGAUCCAGGCAGAGCUGGAAAGGCUAGAAAGGGUUAGAAAUCUACAUAUCAGGGAACUAAAAAGGAUACAUAAUGAAGAUAAUUCACAAUUUAAAGAUCAUCCAACGCUAAAUGACAGAUAUUUGUUGUUACAUCUUUUGGGUAGAGGAGGUUUCAGUGAAGUUUACAAGGCAUUUGAUCUAACAGAACAAAGAUAUGUAGCUGUGAAAAUUCACCAGUUAAAUAAAAACUGGAGAGAUGAGAAAAAGGAGAAUUACCACAAGCACGCAUGUAGGGAAUACCGGAUUCACAAAGAACUGGAUCAUCCCAGAAUAGUUAAGCUGUAUGAUUACUUUUCACUGGACACUGACUCGUUUUGUACAGUAUUAGAGUACUGUGAGGGAAAUGAUCUGGACUUCUACCUGAAACAGCACAAAUUAAUGUCGGAGAAAGAGGCCCGGUCCAUUAUCAUGCAGAUUGUGAAUGCUUUAAAGUACUUAAAUGAAAUAAAACCUCCCAUCAUACACUAUGACCUCAAACCAGGUAAUAUUCUUUUAGUAAAUGGUACAGCAUGUGGAGAGAUAAAAAUCACAGAUUUUGGUCUUUCCAAGAUCAUGGAUGAUGAUAGCUACAAUUCAGUGGAUGGCAUGGAGCUAACGUCACAAGGUGCUGGUACUUAUUGGUAUUUACCACCAGAGUGUUUUGUGGUUGGGAAAGAGCCACCAAAGAUCUCAAAUAAAGUUGAUGUCUGGUCAGUGGGUGUGAUCUUUUACCAGUGUCUUUAUGGAAGGAAGCCUUUUGGCCACAACCAGUCCCAGCAAGACAUUCUACAAGAAAAUACUAUUCUUAAAGCUACUGAAGUGCAGUUCCCGCCAAAGCCAGUAGUAACACCUGAAGCAAAGGCGUUUAUUCGACGAUGCUUGGCCUACCGAAAGGAGGACCGCAUCGAUGUCCAGCAGCUGGCCUGUGACCCCUACUUGCUGCCUCACAUCCGAAAGUCGGUCUCCACGAGUAGCCCUGCUGGAGCUGCUAUUGCAUCGACCUCGGGGGCAUCCAAUAACAGUUCUUCGAAUUGAGACCCACUCCUAGGCUGCAAACUGUUCAGCACACACAGAGUGGACAAAUGGCAUUCAGCAGCGGGUUUGGAACAUAGCGAAUCCGAAUGGAUCUCAUGAAACCUGUACCAGGUGCUUUUAUUUUCUUGCUUUUUUCCCAUCCAUAGAGCAUGACAGCAUCGAUUCUCAUUGAGGAGAAGCCUUGGGCAGCUCUGGCCAGGCCUCGUAGGAAAAGGCCCCGCCCGAGGUUCCGGCGUCAACGGCCACUACGUGUGGCUGCUCUGAGUGAGGAAAAAAUGAAAAAGAAAAACUGGUUCCAUGUACUGUGAACUUGAAAACAUGCAGACUCAGGGGGGUCCCUGAUGCAGUGCUUCAGAUGAAGAAUGUGGACUUGAAAAUACAGACUGGGCUAGUCCAGUGUCUAUAUUUAAACUUGUUCUUUUCUUUUAAUAAAGUUUAGGUAACAUCUCCUGAAAAGCUUGUAGCACAAAGGCUCAGCUGGGGAUGGUGUUUGACUUCGGAGGAAAAAAAGUUGCUAUUGCCCGUUAAAGGCACUAGAGUUAGUGUUUUAUCCCUAAAUAAUUUCAAUUUUUAAAAACAUGCAGCUUCCCUCCCCCCUUUUUUAUUUUUGAAAGAAUACAUUUGGUCAUAAAGUGAAACCCGUAUUAGCAAGUACGUGGCAAUGUUCAUUCCAGUCAGAUGCAGCUUUCUCCUCCGUCUGGUCUCCUGUUUGCAAUUGCUUCCCUCAUCUCAGUAGGGAAAACGUCGAGUGGCAGGACUGAGAUGUGUGGGGCUUUGCCAUUGGACAAAGAACGAGGUUAGAAGCCCGCAGCUUGGAGUCUCUAGGUUUUCAGCUAUUUCUUCACAAUUUGAACACUUGACGGUUGUCCCUUUUAAUUUAUUUGAAGUGCUAUUUUUUUAAAUAAAGGUUCAUCUGUCCAUGCA